ACUAUUCAAAGAAAAAAAGCCGACGCGCGCGAUUCAUGUAUACAAGAAAUUCGUUCUGCUUACAAAAAUUAAGGGAAAUGUCGUUUCAAAACGUAUUUUGGAUGGUACUUGCAGCACAGCUGAGUUUGGGCUAUGGUUAUUUUGAAAAUAAUCUCAGGCGCGGAGAGGACGAUGUUGUUACCAAGGGUCCUGUACACCACAAGAACUGGAUUCGCAACGAAAGGAUGGACAACAAUGGCCUGUACUGGCUCAAGUGGUGGAUAAAUGCGACAGAGAAUACUAUUUAUUUCGAGGUCACUGUGCACACCCGAGGAUAUGCCGGACUGGGAUUCUCCAAGGACGGCCGAGUGGCUAGAGCAGAUAUGGUGCUGUUGUGGGUCGAUGAUACGACGGAGCAACCGAACGCAUUGGAUUGUCACGGGGCGCAGGAUCCUUCGAGCGGACCCCCAGUGCAGGACGACACGCAGAACUACGAUGUCAUCGAUGGCUACCAAAACUCCACACACACGAAUGUGCGGUUCAAACGUAAAAUUGAAACCUGUGACCCCUUUGAUAUUCCCUUUUCGGCGGACACUUUUAAAGUGCUGUGGUCUAUGGGGGACUCCGAUCCUCUCCACAGGAGCCUUGAGUGGCAUGGCCAAAGCAGAGGCGUGAAGUCUUUGCGAAUAUUUUCGCCGAUGUUCAGCAAACAUAGUCGCAGUUCGAACUCAAAGACAUUUGAUAUGUCGGACAUACAAAAAUGGGACAUAACCGUGAACAAUGUUACCAUUCAGCGAUCGAUGGAUACUCUAUACUGGUGCAAAAUUGUGCAACUCCCCGAGUUAUCUAAGAAACAGCACAUUAUCGGCUACGAACCACUGUUGUCUGGAAAACAUGACAGAAACAUAGUGCACCACAUGUCGCUGUUUGAGUGCCAGUCGAAGGCGUAUCCUGGAUCCGACCCUUCUUCGUGGGACAUCUGGGUAAGAAGCUCCGGCACGGUGUGCAACAGCAACCUACUGACUCCGCGGGACUGGGAUUCCUGCUCCACGCCAGUUGCAGUCUGGUCGUUGGGAUCUGAUGGACAGUUUUUGCCUCCCCAUGCAGGGAUUCCAAUGGGGGGCCCAUCUGGAGUUAAAUAUUAUAUGUUGGAAAUACACUAUGAUAACCCCCAUGGCAAAGCAUUUGUAGAUCAUUCGGGUUUUCGAAUUCACUACACACAGAAUCUGCGAACGAACGAUGCGGGUAUCCUAAUAAAUGGCGUUUCCAUCUCCGAGACUCAGCUCAUCCCGCCUGGUCAAAAGAAGUACCGAAACGUCGGCAUUUGUGGACCUUCUUGUUCGGGCGUCAUGUUCCCCGAGGACGGCAUUAAAGUCAUUUCUGGAACGCUGCACUCGCAUCAGGCUGGACGCCAAAUAAGUCUACGACACAUUCGCUAUGGCAAGGAGCUAAAGCCGAUCAUGGUAGACGAACACUACGAUUACAGACAUCAGAAAGUCCAUCAAUUGGCUAAUGAAACGGUUGUUUUACCUGGAGAUUACCUUAUUACAGACUGCUCGUAUGACACAAAACUCAGAAAACGACCCACGCUCGGCGGCUAUUCCAUGAAAGAGGAAAUGUGUCUCACCUUCAUUACCUAUUACCCGAGGAUUGAGCUGUCUGGCUGCUACAGCAUGACCCCGGUGCGCGAGUUCUUCGAGAUGUUCGGUGUUUACCAGUUCUAUUCUUUAAACAUGACCGACAUUGAGAACAUGUUCCUUUACAGUGGAGACUACAUUGACUAUAGUACAAGUACAUUAAAUACCACGGCAAAACCAAAGUACGGAAAAGCGUCCAACGAGGACGCUAUUUACCAGGAGUCUUUGUUAAACAAACUGAUUAUAUCCGAGCCUCCCGAAUUUCACGAUCGCACAUUUUUAGCGCACUUAAACCAGCUGCCAUGGUACGAGCCACUCUUUACAAAGCGAGUGGAACAAGAGUUUAUAACAGGGAAGCACAUGACGUUUUGCCGUGUUUCUAAUGAUUCAAUAUCAAUUUCUUCGGAAAUAAUUAGGUUCCCCGAUUUUACUCCGUUUGUUAAACCUCCCACAGCCUGCUUAAACUAUUUUUUCAGCGAAAACGAAGAACUCCGAUCGGGAGGCCCGAGGCAUCUUACGGAUUUUACACUUAGUCUGCUUCUAAUUGAAAUUGGUGUGCGAAAGAUAUUAUUGUAAAGAAAACUGCAACCUGCGUUCAGUUCCCUUUACAAAAUGAUUGAUAAUGCUAACUUACCAAUAAUAAUCGAUCGUUAAAGUCAGGAAUAUUUCAGUCAAUAUUCGUUAAAAAUAAAUAAGAAAUCGAUUUAAAUUAGAUAUGUACCUACGCUUAUGAAAUUAUAAAAGGCUUACCUCAAUUUCAUUUAUAUUUUUCAAAGACUUUUGCAAACAGGAUUUCAUCUUUUUUAAAGGUCUCAAAUAUAAUUUAUACAUUUUUUAAGGAACAUAUAUGCUUGAAAUUGGAAAACCAAUAACAUUUUUAAAUUUAGGAAAAAACUCCCAAAGUAUUUGAAUGAACUCUCCGACUUGAAGUCUUUACAAGUUCUGAAAGUUCCGCUGUAUAUAAUUUAUUUAUAAUCUGUACUAAGUUUAAGUAUAGAUAUAAGAAUGAUAUGAAUAAAGCACUAAUUUCAUAAAAAUAAA